GGGGUUAUUUUAUACCAACUUGAUUAACUUCAUAAAAAUAGACUUAUGAAAGUAAAUAUCGUCACCUAAAAUGCAAAAUAACGUAACAACAUUCUCGAAAAUUUACAGUUUCGUGAAUGAAACACGAAAUAAAAUAGCCCAAGAGUGAAAAAAGAUUUUAAUAUUAGUUAAAACUUGUUUAUAUUUGAACGUAGAACCUGAAUAUGCUGAACAAAUGUAAUAUAAUUUUUUUUAUUUGAAGUAGUGAAUUGUAAACAAUAAAAUACUCAAUUUCGAAUUUUUUGAUGAUACAUUAUUUUGCAUUUUAGGUGACGAUAUACAGAUCGAAAUAAUUAAUGGGCGGUUGGCAACUCUAUAUUAUCAGCUGUUAUUGCUAUUCAACUAGUUUUCCUUUCUCUUUUCUGUUGAUUUUUUUAUUCUAAACAAAAUUUUAUUCGUGUUCAUUGAAUUUAGUCUCGUUCGUAAGCUGAUUGUGUGUAAUAUGUUUACUAAUUUCUAAAUUAUAAUUUGAUAAGUUUUAAUUAGUCGAGGGGUGAUAAGCUGAAUAUGUUUCGCACAAAGAACUCGCGUGGCGUCGCUACUGCCGUAGACGUUGAUGUAAGUGCUGGAUUUGUUCGCAAUUAUGCAGCGGAAGAUUAUGAUGAUGACGACAACACUUUCCAUAAUGACCCAGACAGCAAUCGCAGAACAGCGAACACUAAUGAAGAUAGUGAGGUUUCCGACACAAAUGAAGGGAGCUCUGUAGAUACGCCUCUCAUUGGUGGAGUUGAAGAUGAUGGCGAAUUUCCUAAAACUCGACAUAUAUUCGGUUUAAUGGGUUUCCUGGGUUUCGCAGUAGUCUAUGCAAUGCGUGUUAAUUUGUCUGUAGCAAUUGUGGCUAUGGUGAAUCAAACAGCAAUACCUCAAGAUAAUUCUAGCACCGUCGAUGAUACGUGCCCAGUACCAACACCAACUAACACUACUACACCGUCGAAGGAGGGAGAUUUUUUGUGGGAUGAGGCCACUCAGGGUCUAGUUUUAGGAUCGUUCUUUUACGGUUAUGUGCUGACACAAGUACCUGGCGGUCGAUUAGCAGAGCUUAUGGGUGGAAAACUGAUUUAUGGCUAUGGUGUGUUGAUAACUGCAAUUUUUACACUCCUAACACCUAUCGCUGCAUAUUGGAGUCUACCAAUGCUAGUGCUGGUUCGUGUUUUAGAAGGCAUGGGUGAAGGUGUCACCUAUCCAGCAAUGCAUGCAAUGUUAGCGCACUGGAUUCCGCCACUGGAACGGAAUAAAUUCGCCGCCAUUGUAUAUGCUGGUUCGAACAUAGGUACAGUGAUCUCAAUGCCACUAGCAGGGUGGCUCUGCUCUUUGGAGUUUCUUGGGGGUUGGCCCUCAGCAUUUUAUAUAUUUGGCUUACUUGGCAUAGUAUGGUUUUUAUUUUGGAUGUAUCUCGUGUACGACAAGCCAAGCGUACAUCCGCGUAUAUCUUACAAGGAGCGUGAUUACAUAGAGCGCAGUAUUCGCUCAAUGCAACCACGCAAUUAUAAUGAAUUGUUGACCGAAAACGAAAAUGAUGCAAUACAGACAACGAACGACGAGAUCCCAUGGAGAUCCAUUUUCACAUCACUGCCGUUAUGGGCAAUCUUAAUAACACAAUGCGGACAAAGUUGGGCCUUUUAUACACAAUUGACAGAACUACCCACCUACAUGAGUAAUAUUCUACACUUUGACAUCCAAUCGAAUGCAAUGUUAAACGCGAUACCUUACUUCACAAGCUGGAUUGUGGGCAUUCUGUGUUCCGGUUUGGCCGAUUGGAUGUUGGAACAACGCUAUAUUUCUCUACUCAACUCGUACAAAUUAUGGAAUUCAAUAGCGUCCAUUAUACCAUCGAUCGGACUUUUAGCCACAGCUUAUGUGGGCUGCAGUUGGGUUUGGGUCACAGUGAUGUUGGCCGGUGUUGGUUCCUUUGGUGGCGCAGUAUACGCAGGCAAUCAAAUGAAUCAUAUUGCGCUAAGUCCACGCUAUGCGGGCACUAUGUAUGGCCUAACUAACUCGGCGGCCAACAUAUGCGGCUUCUUAGCACCGUAUGUGAUUGGCGUAAUCAUAAAUCAUCAUGAGACACUGGCACGAUGGCGCAUUGUAUUCUGGCUGGCGGCAGCUGUAAAUAUCGGUGGAAAUUUCAUCUAUUUAAUAUUCGCUAGCGCCACUGAACAGAGUUGGUCACGCAAUCCACGUCCUACUACAGCCCACACUAUACACUCCUAAAUUGAUGUCUCAAAUCGGCAUUUGGUUAAAUUGCCAAGAAUUCCGUGAUACACGAAUGGAUGCUAUUAUUUCUUGAGUACCUACGCAAAUGUGUGAUAAUUAAAUAUUUUCAUUUUAACGAAGGAAUUCUACAAACUGUGUAGAUAUACAUAUGUAUGAAUAAUAAUAUAAUACCAAAAAUUACACAAACAUAAAACUAUAACUACCAAUUGAGUAGGAGUGCUCAAAUUUUAAAGUCCUAAAUUUGUAUGUAUUGAAAUUAUUUAUAUAAAGUCUGUGGUAUAAUUUUACGUUAUAAUCGUUUCCAUCAUUCAUAAAGGAGAAAAAUUGGAAUUGAAAACUCACUGUAAACUAUAUUACUUUUUCUUUGAAAGUAUGUAAGAAUAUUUGUUCCUUUAUAACUGCUGAUAACGAUAAAUCAUUCCAGUUAUUCUAUUUAUAUUUUAAACGAAAAAAUAAUUUAUGCUGCUAAUAAAGUGAAACUGUGCUCUUGUAAAAAAACAUAUAAAACUGGAUUCAAUAAUUUGAAACAACUUAUGUAUCGGUAAAUUAGAAUAAUUUGCCAACUUAACUGGGCAACGAAUUUUGAAGUAUUAAAUUUUACCGUCAUUUUGCUGUUGUCAAGGUGAUUUGACCACUUUGUAGUGGCAAAGCAGGUAUAAAAUUGCAAACAUUUAUAAAAACUCUAAAAUUUCGCUUACUUACAAAAAUAACGGCACCACCUGUUGCAUUUUGUACUUACAUAAGUGUUGACAAUUAUAAAUGAUUUCACAUAAAAAGAAAAAAAAUUACAAAACAACGGCACCACCUGUUGCAUUUUGCCCUAAGUAUAAAAGAUUUGACAUAAAAAGAAAAAAAUUAAAACAAUUCCAGCUCAUGUUCUCAUCCAUAUACUCUUGCUCAACACGUGGCUGAGGCUAAUUUGCAAAUUUUUCGGAAACAAAGAAAACAACUCGCCGUUACGUUUGUGAAAUUACGAUAUUGUUUCAUUUUUUAUUCUUCAGUGUUUGUUAUCAAUAUACUAAGUACAUAGUUUUUGUGUGUGUGAAUGCAUUUUUAUCUUUACACAUAUACAUGUAUAGGUUUGUUGUUGUUUUUCCUUUUUUUAUCUGCGCUGUGCACGACUUCAUAAUUAUAUGUAUCUUAAUUUUUGUAUUGAAUUGUGCCGUAUUUAAUUGUAUGUAUGUACACUUGUAGGCACACAUACCAAAUGUAUGUAUGUAUGAAUGGUUAGAGCAAUGUAUGUGUGUUUGUAUUUGCGUUAUACAAAUUCGCAAAUGAGGGUUUGUUAUAUUUAUAUCUUAGCUUGUUAUAUGUGUGUGUGUGUGUGCGUAUGUGUGUGCUGACGUACGAUAUUUACCUAAUUCAUGUUAAUUUUACUCACUCAAAUUAACAUUCUCUUUGUUUAUUUAAUCCUCGUAUAUAUACGAAGUUCAAUAAUGCUUUAAAACAUUUAUAAAAAAAUAAAAUCAUUAGA